CUCCCGGUCUGGUGAAGCGUGUGUGGAUAUGUAUGUGACCGCUGUGUGGCUGCGGGUGCUGCACUGGAGCACGCGGGCGCGCCUGCCGUCGCCCCUGCCGGGGCCGGCGUCGCCUCAAGAGGCAGCCGACCGGUUUGCGGCGGCGGUGGCCCUUCUUCCCGCUGGCUGGGCUGCCGCCGCGCGUGCGGCCCAGCUGGCUCGGGGGCCGGCCGCCGCGCUGCCGCUGAGCCGCUCCCGGUGGCCGACGUCGUGAGUGCUACGGCGGAGUCGGUGCAACGGGUGGUGCGGGGACUUGGAUGGUUGCAGAGAGGGGGGCCGCCCAUCCUGCUCACUGCCUACACGGUGAAGGCGGGGACCGUGCUACAAAUGGCUCCACAGUUAGCCGCCCUGAAGGCUAAGCAUUUGCAGUAUGUGUGCGAUGCGGGUGUGUCGGGGGUGGGGGCUGCCCUGGCGGCGGGGGCCUUCGGGUGCACCUUGGCCCGCUUGUGGUCGCUGAAAUGGGAGAAUCAACAUAAGGAAGCACUGUGGCGUGUGGCCGCCAACGCUUGCUGGGCGUUUCCACGGCAUGCUAGCGAGCGGUCGCGAGGCGUUACUGUUGACCCGUGUUGGGCGUGUGGGGUUGACAUGCAGGAUGGGGACCGGCGUCACUGGUUUUGGGACUGCACUGUUGCGCUGUCACUUCGGGAAAGUAUGGGGAUGGCUAUGGGUUUCCUGCCGGAGGAGGCUCUAAGUGCCUUCUCUCGUGAAGAGUUGUGGUUAGUGCGCCCGCCUGCGGGGCUUGCGCCACCUGUGUGGGAUGUGGUGUGUCUCGCUGCUAUGUCUGCCCUGGACUUUGGUCGGCAGCGUGUGGUUAUGGCCGGGUUGGCGGCGCGAGCGAAGCUGCCGUCGGCCCGGGUGCUGAGCAUUGGACUUGCCGUCGUAGCUGACUUCUGGGGUUUGUGACUUUGGGUAUCAGGCCAAAGGGUUGGGACGCUGUGCCGUUUGCGCAUCCCUUCAUAUCUCGGGCUGUUGAUGACGGCAUGGUUUUGCGCUUGCCGUAUGACGCUGAUUCCCCGCCCCCCUCGCCGUGAGAGGUUGUGCGUGGUUGUUGGCUCUGUGUGUGGGCAGGAUGCACGUGUGGGCGACCGUUCUAGUACCUGGACGCUUGCGCCCUGGUUAGUGCGUGCGCUGUGCGUGUGUCCUGCGGCCUAGACGUUUCCCGGCACUCCUGUGCCUAGGCUUGUGGCGUUGAGGCACAGCGGUGGGGCUUUGGCGGGUUGAGGCUUGGCUAGGACUCACUGUGCGUGGAGUCACACGGACUUUGCCCGCGGGAGGGUUUGCAGCAAAGUCGGGGUUGGUGGAGUCAAGUUGGGCCCUGAUAGCAUGUGAUGGCUCGGCGUCUUCGGGUGCUGGGACUGUCCCCUCUGUAACAUCCGCAUCCU